UAGAUGUGUGUGUGUGUGUGUGUUUGGACCGUCCCAUCAGAGGCUUUAAUGCAGCGGCGCAUCGAGUGUGUUCAGACACACACACACACACGAUCAUGAAGCAUCACUGCGCCAUCAAACACAGCGUCUUCAAAGAGUUCCUGGCCGAGUUCCUCGGGACCUUCGUGCUGGUGUUGUUCGGCUGCGGGUCGGUGGCCCAGACGGUGUUGAGCAGAAACACUCUCGGCGAGCCACUGACGGUCCACAUCGGCUUCAGCACUGGACUCAUGAUGGGCGUCUACGUGUCCGGCGGCGUGUCGGGUGGUCACCUCAACCCGGCCGUGUCUCUGGCGAUGGUGAUCCUGGGGAAGCUGAAGAUCUGGAAGUUUCCCAUCUACGUGACGGCGCAGAUGCUCGGGGCGUUCGUCGGGGCCGCCGCAGUGUUCGGGCUGUAUUACGAUGCCUUCAUGGAGUUCACCAGCGGGAUCCUCUCGGUGACGGGGAUCAACGCCACAGGACACAUCUUCGCAUCAUAUCCGGGGAGACACCUGACCGUCCUGGGCGGAUUCGUGGAUCAGGUGGUGGGAACGGGAAUGCUGGUUCUCUGUAUUCUGGCCAUCGUGGACGGGAGGAACAUCGGCGCCCCUAGAGGCGUGGAGCCGCUGGCCGUGGGCCUGAUCCUGCUGGGCAUCAGUGUGUCGAUGGGCCUGAACUGCGGAUACCCCAUGAACCCGGCGCGAGACCUCGGCCCGAGACUCUUCACUGCAGCGGCCGGCUGGGGGAUGGAGGUGUUCAGUACUGCAGAUUACUGGUGGUGGAUCCCUGUUGCCGGGCCGAUGGUGGGCGGGGUCGUCGGCGCUGUGAUCUACUUCCUGCUGAUCGAGCUUCAUCACCCCAAACACACUGACAAACCUCUAGAGGAACCCGAGGAAGAGGAGGAUGAGGAGGAGGACGAGGACAGCAGCCUGAAGGACAAAUACGAGAUGAUCAACAUGAGCUAGAACACAAUAAAGCUGGUCAUGUUCACACUGUGUUCGUGAGUAAACAGACGUUCAUCCGCCGGUUAGAAUGGUUCCACUUCAUUUACACUCGUUACUGCUCCAAUAAUGAUCUGGUUUGUACCCAAUGAUUCAUGAAGUGUUUUAACAGCAUACAAGCAUCACGUCUGUACAGUAAAAACACGUGUGUGUCUCGUUUUCCUGCUCAAACAUCUGAACAUUCUCACACAAGGACGUUUUCUGGAAGAGCAGCAUGACUGGAGAUAUUAAGUCUUGCUUUCUGAAAGUUUGAGCUUAAAACAUGAAGAAAUAUCUGCCAAUGGGGUCAGAGAAAUCACCUGGUUUUCCCGUUGAGUUCGGUUUGUUUCUCCAUUGGCAGAUAUUUGUUCUUGUUUUAAGUGCAAACUCAUUCAGAAAGCAAGAAUUAAUAUCUUCAGUCAUUUUACUUUAGGAACUAAAUCUUGAUUUGAAAAGAUCCUUGAGCUGGAGAACAAGACAGAAACACUGAGGUCAUUUUGUCUUUUGCGGUGUAACGUUGCCCAUAAUCCUCCACUGUACAGAAUGUGUGAUUUUAUGUGGCUGUUGAUGAUAAUAUUGUCCUGAAUCCACAAUGAAGCAGAUCAGCAACACAAGCAUCAGAUGUCCUGACGAACACGUGUGUAAAAGCUUUCCUGGAGUUUUCAUGCUGAAGUUAUUCCACCGUAUUGUCAUUCAUAUUAUUUAUGUCUAUGAUUAUUGUUCAUGUGUUUGUAGAUCAGGCUUCUUGUUUUGAAAGUCUUGGUAUAAAGUAGAUCUUUUGUAAUGAAAUCCUACGACAUGGACUGUAUAUUUGUGUUUUGCUGAAUAAAGAAGGUGGUGUACGGCA